AGGCGGCCCUGCUGGCAGCAGCCCCGCCGACGCCGCGGCGGGGGCAGGCCGCGGAGGCCGCCGGCGUGCUUGCGGUGCGUGGACCGCUGCUGAGCGAGUUGAAGCAGAAGCCGCCCCCGCCAGCGCCGCCAGAGUCUGGCCUCCAGAGGUCUCGGCGGGACUACCCCAAGGGCGCGCACGGGCGGCUGGCGCGGAAGAUCGUGCUCGGCUUGCCGACGGACGUGCCGCUCGGGGACAACUUGCCGCGCUGGGAUGCCGCGGACAAUGAGCGGUGGCAAAGGCCCCGGCCAGCACGCGGGGAGCGUGCGGUGCUUCCUCCUUGCUGCGCCUCGUCGUCGCCGUUCCUCCCCCUGCCCUCCCCGCUAGUCUCCUCGUCAGUCCUCUUUCUCCUCCCCGUCGUCCCCGUCGUCUUUCCCCCACUUGUCUUAUGAGUUCCUCCUGUUUCUCGCUCUCUCUCUCUCUCUCUCUCUCCGACUCUCCGACACUGGCGCGACAUUGGUCGCACGAUGGGGAUAUCGUAGGUGGUUUGGGAUGUAUGUUGCCGUCCAGGUGUUUGAAUUUUGCAGAGAGGAUUGCUCGGUUGUCCAAUCCGAUCGUUGUCCCUUCC